AUGUUCCCAAAUGCAGGAACGUUUGCUCCAGUUUCUGCCUCAGCAUCCGAAGGCUCAAUCGACAUUGCUGGAUGGAUGCUCCAACCUGCAGGGACGUCUGCUCCAGCAAAAGAAGCAAGCCUGACUGCAGAACUAUGGGCACCUACUAAGGCAAUGCUUCAGGCAGAAAAGCGCUCACUACAGCUGAAGGAAUCAGAAACACAGCUGAUUCCUGCACCAGCAAAGCAGGCCACGCAGCCGCAAACAGAAGCAGCCGCGCCAGCCACAUCAAUAAAAGCACUGUCGUUGCAAGCAACGCUGUCUCCACACCCUCCACAGCAAGCAUGGCCAAAUCCAACAACAGCAGCCCUACCAGGGCUGGAUUCAUCUGCCCCAGAAGCUUCAACAAAACCUUCACGAGCAACGAUACCGACAGCAGGUCAUAUGCCGGCUCAAUCAUCAUCAACAUUGCCCUCUCCAGCCACAGGUUCUAGUCUACCCGCGUCAACUUCUGUUCCCCCACCAGUGCCACCACGAUCACGAUCAGGCCAAACAGGAGGGCAAGCAGCAGGGCCCUCUCAGGCAUUGGCAGCACUAAGCCUUGAAUCAGCAACAGCUGGUGAGUCAACUCUACAGCGUACAGCGCGAUCAGUUGUAUUUCCACAAGCGGGUGCACCGGAAGUUUCUGCAUCAGCGCUUUCAGCCACGCAUACUCUACCUAAAUACACGCCUGUUCCAACUUCAGUACCAAUAACGCUGCGAUUAGGGCCGUCGAAAGCAGCAACUUUACCAGCGUCUUUUCCAAGAGGAGGUCCACUGGAACCUGAUCAGAUAUCUCUGCAACCUGGAGAAAUGAGAGAGUUCGUGCCUAUGGUGUCUGUUGGAAACCUGAGUUCUUCACACUACAAAGGUUUGCAUCUGCCCUAUCAAUUUCGUCAUUUGGUGAACACGGUACGUGCACUGUCAAGGCUCCUGGGAAUCAUUAGUUCCACUCUCACCGGUGUUGAACAGCCUAAGGCCUAG